AACAGUCGACAUCUAAUGACCGAGGUGUACGAGGCAGGGCGGGGUCCGAGUUGUCGGGAUCCGAGGGACGAACAGAGGGAUCCGUGUAACUGCUUCACGGAGGCUCCACGGAGGACACUGAAGACCUGAAGCCGCUGACAUGAUGCUGGAGAAAGAGGAGCAGCAGCGGCUGGCGGAAGUUAUCCGUCAAUGGAAUAACAACAGACUGGACCUGUUCGAGAUCAGCCAGCCUGACGAGAACCUCGAGUUCUGCGGCGUGGUGCGCUUCUACCUCGAAGACAGCGCCGCGGCCAGCGCCGCCACAACGUGCCUGCGCGUGAGCAGCCGCGCUACCGCGCGCGAGGUCAUUGACACGCUCGCGGAGAAGUUCAGACCGGACAUGAAGAUGCUGAGCUCGUCCUUCUGCCUGAACGAGGUCCACGCCCCUGAAGAACGCAGACUGGACCUGGAGGAGAAGCCCCUGCUGGUCCAGCUGAACUGGACGUCCGACAACAGAGAGGGCCGCUUCGUCCUCCGGAGGGACGGCCCCGGGCUGGAGGGGUCAGGGGACCACCAGACAAACACUAUCGAAAAGAAGGAAAAAGGAGGAGUGAUCGAAACCUUUAAGAGAACUUUGUCGAAGAAGGAGAAGAAGAAGAAGAAAAACAAAAAAGAAGCGAUUGAGAACGGGUCAACUGAAGGCAACCGGAGCCCCUCCCAGCAUAGCCAGUCAGACCCUGCUGUGGGACUCGGAGAAGGUCAACAACUGAACCAAGUGAAGGAUCAUCUUCAACUACCAGUGGAAAUCCAGUUUUCCCCCGGAUGCGAGGAAGCCUUUAUUUCCGCCGUCAUCAACUACACCAACAGUUCGACGGUGUACUUCAAGCUGUCGCCCGCGUAUGCGCUCUACGCCACGGCCCGCUCGGCCCUGCGGCCCACCGACGCAGAGGGCCCCGCCCCCAGGGAGAAGCCCAACACAGUCACCACCAUCACAAACAGAAUGGUAGCCAUGACGGAGAAGGUCAUCCAGAAGCAGCAUACCAUGGCCGGGGCCCUCUCCUUCUGGUUGGCCAACACCUCAGAGCUGCUGAACUUCCUGCAGCAGGACGGGGCCGUAGGGCCCCUCACCGGGCAGACGCAGCAGCAGCUGUCGCACCUCGUCCACACAGCGUACAAGUAUCUAAUCCAGUGUCUACAGUGUGAACUUCGGAAACACCUGCCAACGUUCUUCUUGGAUCCGGACCAAUACGGCCCGCUGCCGGCAGGCAUCGAGAUGGUCCUGAACACCCUGAUGAACACCAUGGCUCUGCUGAGGCGCUGCCAGGUCAACCCCGCCCUCACCAUCCAGCUCUUCUCCCAGCUCUUCCACUACACCAGUGCCUGGCUCUUCAACCAGCUGAUGGGCCCCCAGGCCGGGCCCCUGGGGCUGCGCUCCCACUACUGGGGCGCGGCCCUCCGGCAGAGGCUCAGUGCCGUCGAGGGCUGGGCGGAGCGGCAGGGCCUGGAGCUGGCGGCGGACUGCCACCUGGGCCACAUCGUGCAGGCAACCAUGCUGCUCACCAUGAGCAAGUACUCGGUCCAGGACACGGAGGCGGUCCAGAAGACAUGCUUCAAGCUCAACUCCCUGCAGCUGCACACCCUGCUGACCGGCUACCUGUACGCCCCCGAAGAGCCCCGUAUACCCCUGGCUUUGAUUGACAGCGUCGUCAUGGCAGCGAAGCGCUCGGCGGACCCCCUGGUGGCCAGCGAGGGGCGGUGCCUGGAGAGGGAGGAGCGUCUGGAGCUCCGCCUCCCCUUCCUGCUCCCUGACGGAGGCUACUCGUGUGACACGGUGGGCGGGAUUCCGCCUGGCUUCACCGAAUUCUUGGAGCCAAUUUGCCGCAAAGGUCUCUGUAAGCUGACUCCCAGAGCCAACUGUCAUGGCAGUUGGAGAGUGUUCUUCAAUGAACCCAACUGCCCAACCACCAGCCUUCUGCCGACGGGGGCUCGGAGAGAACCAGAGGUGGUGGUCAUCACCCUGAGGAAGCCCCUGAACAGCGGGAUGGGCGUGAGCAUCGUGGCCGCCAGGGGUUCGGGCCAGGCUCAAAUCGGCAUUUAUAUCAAAUCCAUCGUCCAGGGGGGCCCCGCUGAAGUGGACGGGACGCUGUCUGUCGGAGACCAGUUGGUCAGCGUGGACGGCCGGAGUCUGGUGGGUCUGAACCAAGAGAGGGCAGCCAUGAUAAUGGUGCAGACGGGGCCCGUGGUGACGCUACAGGUGGCUAAACACGCUGCUAGCUGCCACGGUCUGGAGGCCCUGAUCAACCAGCCUGGCUCCGCCCCCAACACAGGUGACCGGGACUUGGGCACGCCCGGCGGCGGCCCUGCCUGGGUCGGGUGCAGCGUCCCGGGCCCCCGACCGGAGCCGCAGGCCCCCGGGGGGAGCAGGAGCCGACGGCAGCAGAACCUCCAGAGGAACCGGCUCCUGUACCGCUCCAACCCCAACAUGAGCCACUGCGUGCCUGAGGAGGUGGAGGUACCAGAGGAGCCCGCAGACGGAGGACCCACCAUCUCCACCCUCAAUCUCUGCACUGAGACGUUCCACAGGGAGUACCAGACCCUGCCGUCCUCCAGACAUCUGGACCACAGGGCAGCUGACCAAUCACAGCAGCUGCUCAGGAUCUCCCUGGGUCCGUCGGCCAGGAAGCAGAACCCCAACAUGAGGACCUUCAUGCGCCAAGCCCUGUCCCAGGAGAACCUCAGUCUGGACCCGCGGCCAGCGGAACCGUCCCACAACCCCAGCCCCUCGCUCCCUCACUGGCCCAGUGCCUCCACACACAGCCUCCUCCAAAAGCCCCCGAACCCCACCCAGAACCAGAACCCCACCCAGAACCAGCCCCAGAACCCCACCCAGUACCAGCCCCAGAACCCCACCCAGUACCAGCCCCAGAACCCCACCCAGUACCAGCCCCAGAACCCCACCCAGUACCAGCCCCAGAACCCCACCCAGUACCAGCCCCAGAAACCCACCCAGUACCACACCCAGCCCCAGGCCGAGAACCCCACCCAGAACCAGAACCCCACCCAGAACCAGCCCCAGAACCCCACCCAGAACCCCUACCAUCCCCAGAGCCUCAACCAGCCUGAGAACCCCACCCAGCCCCAGAAUCCUACACAGAGCCCCUCCAGACUCCAGAACCCCACCCAAAACCCCAUCCAGAACCCCUCAAGACCCCAGAACCCCACCCAAAGCCCCUCCAGACUCCAGAACCCCACCCAAAACCCCAUCCACAACCCCUCAAGACUCCAGAACCCCAACCAGAAUCCCAACCAUCCCCAGAACCCCUCCAGACACCAGUACCCCACCCAAAACCCCACCCAGCCCCAUAUCCCCCCCCAAAGCCCCUCCAGACCCCAUAACCCCACCCAGCCCCAGAACCCAGCCCAAAGCCCCUCCAGACCCCAGAACCACGCGCAGAACCAGAACCCCACCCAGGCCCAGAACCCAGAACCCCAGGAUGUAAAGAGCAGCGCUGGCGUGUGGAGAACCCCUCCCUCCCGGACCUCCACCCAGCCCACCCGCAUCGACAUCCCCAUAACGAGGCCCGACGCCCCGCCCAGACCGCUCCUCUCCACCUUCCAGCACCACCCUGCCCUGGGCCCCGUCCGGUCGGUCCAGGGUGGCCACCGCCCCGUCACCUCCUCCCCGCCCUCCUCCACCACCCCCACCUCCUCACCCCGACCAAGGCAGAGCGCCGCCCCCAGCCAACCACAGCGCACCGCCUCCAGUCCUCAGAGGCCCGCCCCCCCCACCCGGCACGUCUCCUUCCAGGACCCGCCCCCCGGGGCGGGGGAGGGCCUCUCCCCGGACCCCUGGCGCAGGGAGGAGCGGGAGAGGCUGCGGGAGCAGCUGGAGGAGCAGCGGCGGCGGAGGGAGCUGGAGGCGCUGGAGGAGGAGGUGAGGGAGCUGGGCGCCAGGGCGGCCCGCUCCCCGGGGGACGGCGAGAGGCUGCGCCGGCUCACCCUGGAGCUGCAGUUCCAGAGGAGGCUGCAGGAGCUGCAGCAGAACGGGGGGGAGGAGGAGGAGGAGGAGGAGGAGGAGGAGGAGUUCAGGGUGAUCCCCCAACGCACCGAGAACAGACUUGGGGAGAAAAGCCAGGUUAAGGAGCAUCAAACUACCAACCCGGCUGACCCAGAAGGACAGAGGAUGGCUCCAGAUCAAAAAUCGAUUGGAUACGGCCGUGCUUCUCAUGAGGUGGUCCCAAAAAAAAGCCAGGAAGACUCGCUCCAGAGUAUGGCGGCUCCGGAGAAACUUCCCUUUAAGGAACGCCAGCGUCUCUUCUCUCUGGGGUCAGCCUCGUAAACAACAACACCACCAACUGAAAGGCAUCAACGUUCUUCAACGGUCCAUCAACCCAUUAUGAAAACAUAGUGCACACAACAGAAAAUUUUAUAUUAUGUUUAUUGGCUGUUUUAUAGCUACUGAAAUGCUAAUGUUUUCUUGAUUGUCUCGUUUUAUUAUUAGUCGAGUAUUUUUUUUCGAAUUUAAGACAUCUAUAAUAAUUGUAAACAUCAUUUGUAUUGUUUUAUAGACUUAAUGAUUGAAAAGAAAAGUGCUAGAUGAACAAGCAAGCUACUGCCGUUUACGAUAGCAUGACAUACGAUGUAUGCUGAACAUACAGUAGAAAACAGAGGUAGAAAUGUCCAUUUAUUCUUGUACCGUUCUUACGUUUGUUUUAAAGAUCGCGCAAAGAAAAUCAAACCAUCUUAUCGUCAGUGCAUAAACAAUCCCUCUGAGACCCUUCAA